CUACUCGAUUUCUUUCCGAAGACUCCGCGAAAAAUUGCCGAGGGUUUAUUGAUAGACCCGACAUAGAUGACAUGACUUGACAUGACUCUUUUACUUUGACAUGCAUGAAAUGACUAGGAUAGCACUUGCUUUAUAUGGUUUACUGUAUAUACAGCUAGUAAUUUUUCCCUGAUGUUAUCAUGGCUGGCCUUGGUUAAUAGACUUACUUUUGAGCUAGUGGCUAACGAUAGGUUUUCGUAAUGAAAAAAGCCAAUAUGAAUGAAGUCACCACAGAACCGACUGGAACGGGUAUGAAGCUAACCAUCCAAAUGAUAAGAACUAGAUUUCCUUCAGUAGCACAAAUGAAAACUGAAGAACUAGAUAGUUUAAUGAAGAGUAUUGAAGCUGGGAACACAAACCAGGCACUGAUUCUACUGGAUGUACGUAGUGAACAGGAAUUUAAAGUCAGCUGCUUACCUAAUGCUAUUUCAAUAAAUCCCAACAUCAGUGAUAUGGCCUUAGUUUUAGCACAAAUAAACUCUCAAGUGUCAAACCUUGAAGACAAGAAGACUGUGGUUGCAUAUUGUUCAGUGGGAUAUAGGUCAAGUAGCUUGAUACAAAAUUUGGACACCAGAGAGCCUGAAGAAAUCCAAGUUAGUCGUCUACCAAACUCUAUCCCAGUUAACCCCAGCUUGAAGGAUAUGUCUGAGUUACUGUCAGUCAUCAACAAAGCAAAAGGUGGUCCUGAAGAACAAACAACCGUUGUGAUGUACUGUGCCGUUGGUUAUCGGGCGAGCAUUUUGACACAGAGAUUGAUGAAAGAAUUAGCAAAACCAGAAAACAAAGAAACAAGAAGUAACAUAACGGCAUGCAACUUGGAAGGCUCUAUUUUCAAAUGGGCAAAUGAAGGCAAGGAUAUGGUUGAUGGUAAAGAAGGCAAAAGAACCAAAAUGGUGCAUGGAGUUGAUCGCAAGUGGGGAAAACUACUCUUUCCUGAUAUAGUUAGCAAAUGAUACCACUUCUAAAUAUUUUUUCAAAUGUAAGAUGUCCUUUAUUGUUAGCAUAAGCAUCUAGGUAGCCCAUGCAUGUUACUUGAUGAGCUAACUCAUUUAAAAAUUAACUUUUGCUUAUAUUAAAAGAUAUUUCCAGUUCUGGCUGA